AAAAUAACUAAAUUAAUAUACAAAUGUCAAAUACUAUAGAUAAUAUUUAUAACAAAUCAAAAAAUCUAGAAAGAUUGACAUGGGAAGAUUUGGGUAUUGUAGAAUUAUUAUGCCAAGCUUGUAAAGAUUUAAAAUGGAAUGCACCAACAAAAAUUCAAAAAGAAGCCAUUCCUCUUACACUUCAAGGAAAAGAUGUUAUAGGAUUAGCUGAAACAGGUUCUGGAAAAACUGCAGCAUUUGUUCUUCCAAUACUCCAAGGGCUUUUAGAAAAGCCUCAAAGAUAUUUUGCUCUGAUUCUUACACCAACAAGAGAAUUAGCUUUUCAAAUUUCUGAACAAUUUGAGGCACUUGGAUGUAGUAUUGGUGUUAAAUGUGUUGUUGUCGUGGGAGGUAUUGACAUGAUGACUCAAGCAUUAAUGCUUGCUAAAAAACCACAUAUUAUUGUUGCUACUCCAGGUCGAUUAGUUGAUCAUUUAGAAAAUACAAAAGGAUUCAAUUUACGUUCAUUAAAAUUUUUGGUUAUGGAUGAAGCAGAUAGAAUUUUGAAUAUGGAUUUUGAAGUUGAAGUAGAUAAAAUAUUGCGAGUAAUCCCUCGUGAACGAAGAACGUUAUUAUUUUCGGCAACUAUGACAAAAAAAGUACACAAAUUACAACGUGCUUCUUUACAAAAUCCAGUUAAAAUAGAAGUGUCAACCAAGUAUCAAACAGUAGAAAAACUAAAACAAUAUUAUGUUUUUAUCCCUAUAAAAUUUAAAGAUGUAUAUUUAGUUCAUCUUUUAAAUGAACUAUCUGGAAAUAGUUUUAUGAUAUUUUGUUCUACAUGUAAUAAUACUAUAAGAACAUCACUUCUAUUGCGUAGCUUAGGAUUUAUGGCUGUUCCUUUACAUGGACAAAUGUCACAAAAUAAAAGAAUUGCUGCUCUUACAAAAUUUAAAGCAAAAAAUAGAUCUAUUUUAAUUUCCACAGAUGUUGCAAGCAGAGGAAUUGAUAUUCCACAUGUUGACGUUGUGAUUAAUUUUGAUAUUCCAAUGCAUAGUAAAGAUUAUAUUCAUAGGGUUGGAAGAACUGCUAGAGCUGGACGUUCUGGUAUUGCUAUUACAUUUGUAACCCAAUAUGAUGUUGAAUUAUAUCAACGAAUAGAACAUCUUAUUGGUAAAGAACUUCCAGAAUAUAAAACCGAAGAAGAUGAAGUAAUGAUACUUCAAGAUAGAAUAGCAGAGGCUCAACGUUUAAUAAAAAUGGAACUAAAAGACAUAGAAGAAAAUAAAAAAUCAGGUAAAAAAAAGAAACAGUCAAGAGAUAUUGAAGAUGAUGACACAGAACAAUCUGUUGGGAUUAGAAAACGAAUGAAAGGAAAAAGGAAAAAGUAUUGAUAAAAAUUUAUGAAUAUUUCAACUUCUUUCAAUAAUAAUUGUUUAACUCAAUAAUAUUUUGCUUAGCAAAAAUUUAUUGUAUUAUCGUAAUAUUCAAGAAGCAAAACAGAAAAUGGUUAUACUAAAUGCAUAGGUUCUACUUACAUUAUAUCCAAGAAUAAUUUAUGAAAAGAGUAGUUUCUUUAUACUUUUAAACUGAAACUACUUUUAUAGUGUUUUUAUACAUCAUUUUUAUAACAAAGUAAAUUUGUUC